UUAGCGCUUGACUUUCGAACGUGAUUCGACGCGCGCUUUUAAAAAAACGAUCUGUCAAAAAUUGGCGGCAUUCACCGUAAAUGAAAAAUUUUAUUUUUCAAUCGUGUUUUUGGUGUUAGUGAACAAAAUGGGUGUGGAAUAAAUUGAUUGUUUCGUUAAAACUAUUUUGCGUUGCGCGUAAUGCAGUGAAAUUAGUGUUUUGGUGAAAGUGUAAGGAUUUGAAUUUUAAAAAGUUACAAUGAAGUCUACGUUUUUAUUUGGCGGAUGUCUGCUUUUAUUGGCUGUGCUCAUAGAAAUAGUGCAGCCAACAUGUGUACUGGAAUCAGAUUUCGGUUUCAAGAUCAACUGUGCCUUCAAGAAAUCUGGCCUGUUCAGGGUGCGGAAUCUUGGAGGCAUCAAAGCACAUGCUAGUUUAGGUUUCAGCCUUGGUGACGAGCUGGGUUUCGAGCAGUCUCUAACAAACUUGGACCCCAGCAGAAGAAGAUCUGUCAGUGUGAAGAAUGGGCCCCCUGCCAACGUGCUUGCUGACCCAUCCAGAACUAAUGUUAAGCAGGAGAAGCGCGGUAAACAAAACAGGAUCAUGCGUCCAAUGGCGCCCACUAAUAGGCCCAACCAAUCUGCCAUGGACAAGCUGACCAGUCUGCACCGAAGAGUUUCUACCACCAUGCAGCCCAUCAUAGUCCAGGCUCCUGUAGAACCGACCGUUGCCAAGCCGGCACCAACCAUCAUCAAGCCAGUACCUACUAUCACCAUGGCCAAACCUAUGCCCAUGGGAAUACCAGCCUUUAAACCUCUACCGCCGAAAGAAGACACCCUCACCGUUCUACCUAUAACACCAACAAGAAAAGUCUACACACCACUGCAAGUCCCACAAUCCAAGGGCCCAGGACUCGCAUACCAAAGUGAGCUAUACCCAUCACACAACCAAAUAUCAAAAAUGGUAUCACAAAUGACUGCAGACCAGUUCUCACCAAUCAAAUUCACACAAGCCCCCGUCAUUGUAGAACCUCCAAAAGUUUACUCCAUGACAACCGUCAAUCCAUUCGUACCCAUGCCACCUUCUCAAGCUAUAUCACUCAUACCCGCUCCAAUAUUCAAAGAACACAGACCUUACUCACCUAAUUCUAUCAUCCAAAAGAAUCCUCUUUCUAACUUUGUAGAUCCCGUUCCCCAUCAAGUGCACGAUAUCGCAAACAACGUCGUGUAUAACACGAAGAAGGUUGACGACUACAAUUCUAUAACUGGUUAUGGAGACGACACAGUGUUGAAGUUUAAUAAGGAGGAGAUAAAUUCGAAGAUAGCAGAGAUUGCUAAAGCUGGGAAUAUUUCUAUGGAGGCUGUUGAGGCGGCGAUAGCGUUGAGACAGCAGCAGCUGCUGAGCAAGUACGCGAACAUCCCGGUACCGGCACCUACUACAACGUCGUCGACGACUACCACGACGACGGAACAGCCCUUCGUGUUCCAACAGGAGCCUGAACCUGAAAUAUUGACUGCGGCGAUACCACAGAAGCCGCCGAAGAGAUUCCCAAUAUCGGGCAAGGUAAUGAACGCUCCCCGCGAGUACUACCCGGUGGGCUACGAGAAGAACUUCGAUGACCACUUCCAGUCCAAGGUGGAUCUGCCGGAGACCAGCUUCCACUGCGGCGACCAGAAGUACUUCCCGGGGUUGUACGGCGAUGAGAGUCUUGGGUGUAUGGUGUUCCACGUCUGUGCCCUUACAGACGAUGGUCUCGUCAUGAAAUCCUUCCUCUGUCCUGAGUCCACACUCUUCGACCAGACCAUCCUCAAGUGCAACUGGUGGUUCUACGUAGACUGCAAGAAUACUAAGAAACUCUACGACACGAAUAUACCCGUGUCUAAGAGCUACCAGCUCAUGAAGGCACUUACUUUCUUCUCGUCUUAUAAGAAGGAGAUGCAGGAGGAUGGUCAAAAAACAAGUCCUGAAGACGUGGACGGUAUUAAAGAAGCUAUGUCUAUUCUUCAAAGUCCUGAUGCUCCGCUGCCAAGCGCAUCAGCUCAACCUAACGGUGCAGAUGUAGCUGCUCUUGUUAAUUCUGCAGCUGUUUCCAACACUGGCAACACACAGAAUACUGCAAGCUCAGCAAACUAUGUUCAAUUCGUUACUCCAACUCCACUCAUUGAUGAAAGAAAUCGUAAAACAACCACAGAAGCGGCCCCCGUAUAUAGGGGCACAAGAACAUUUGGUGCAGCAAAAACUGCAAGGAGAAACACAACCUCAGCUGAAAAUACUUCAGACUUUAAACUGAUUACUGUUAACGCUGGUAUUAACAUCGCUAAUGGAAAUGUAACAGAAAAUGAUUCAAGGGAAAAGAAGCAUAGAAGACGUAUGACAUUAAAAAAUAAUAACCCUGUAGUACACACUACUACACCUUCUACUACUACUACAUCAACUACGACAACACAAAAACCUGUCGUAACCACACCAAGCGUAGAAAUAAUAAAACAAGAUAUACAACCAAUAGAAAAUGUUGAAAGACAGGAAAAAUUAACAGAUCAAAUUGAAGAUGUGAACCCUAACGAAUCUCAUACAGCUCCAAUCAGAAGGUUUUAUAGAUCAAGUGCAGAGAAAUAUGAAGAUAAAGAAAUGGCUAUAGUGAAUAAUGAAAAAGUACAGAUUGUAAGACCGACAUCACAUUCAAGAUUAGUGGGAGCCUUCCCUUCGCCCAGUGCGGCGAUAGCUAAACUUGACGAAGCAGUUUUAGGUAAACUAAGGACGAAGAAACACGCAAUUACAAUAGUAACGCCUGAAAAACAUAGUCCAAAAACGUAGUCGGAAAUUAGUCAAUUUGUUAAGUGUCAUAAGUAAGUUAUUUAUUUCGCCAAUACGUGUGGACAUGUGUUUGCUCAAUUUUUGUACUUUUAUAGUAGUCUAGUUGAAUGGAGUCAAGUGAUAUUACGGUGUAUGUUAGUUAUUUAGUAAAUUUUCCUAAUUUC